AUGGAGUACGCGUAUGAGGAUCGAGUCCAUGAGGGUGAGCGCGAGGUGCAGGCCAAGCUGGGAGUCCUCGAGGCCCAAGUCGACAUGACGAGGGUCAUGCGCCCCUACAUGCCACACCAGCAUCGCCUCUUCUUUCAGGAGUGCCUCGCCUGUCUCUUCGUCGGCUCGGUGGACCGCCAGGGGCAGUUGUGGGCGUCGGUGCUGCCGGGCCUGCCGGGCUUCAUCGAGUCGCCCACGGACAAGAGCCUCCAUGUGCGCACGCCCGUGCCGCCGCACGACCCGCUGGUCGCCGGCGGCGGCCUCCAGCCCGGCGCGCCCAUCGGGUUCCUGGGCAUGCAGCUCGACACGCGGCGCCGCAACCGGGCCAACGGCAAGGUCGCACGCGUGCACGACGGCGGCCGCGGCGGCUUCGACUUUGCGCUCGACAUCUCGUUCGGCAACUGCCCAAAGUACAUACAAACGCGCGCGGUGGAGUUCACGGAGGACGCGGGGGAGAGGCUGGGGCGGGAGUGCGAGGUGGUGGAGACCAAGCGAGUGCUCAGCCCGGAGAUGCGCGCCUACGUAGAGCGCUCCGACACCUUCUUUGUGGCCAGUUGCUUUCUGAAGGACCCUAAUCAUCCGGCCCACGGAGUCGACGUGUCGCACCGAGGCGUCGAGCCCGGCGCCAUCCACUUCCGCGACGACGGCGAUGGCGCGAGCGCGGCCACCACCUUGGUGUGGCCCGACUACGUCGGCAAUUUCCUGUUCAACACGCUGGGCAACCUGGUCAAGGACCCCCGGUGCGGCCUGCUCUUCAUCGACUUUGGGCCGAGCGGCGACGUGCUGCAGCUGACGGGCCGCGCGACGGUCGAGUGGGACGUGCGCGAGGUGCCCGGGGCGCACCGCAGCGUGGCCUUCACGGUCCAACGCGCGCGGCUGCGUGAGACGCACGACACGAUGACGCUGGUGCUCACCGCCACCAUUCCGCUCACCACCACGCAGAAGCCGGGCCAGUACGGCACGUUCCUGAUCGACCUCCCCGGCGGCGACGCCUCGUCAUCGUCGGAGACCGCGACCCUGUCGCGGACGUGGACGCUCUCGUCGGCGCCGCUCUCGCCCAGCGAGUACCAGGUGGCCAUCACCGUCAAGCGACAGCCCGGUGGCAAGGCCUCAGCGUGGCUCCACGACGCCAGCGUCGGCGACUCCCUACGGCUGGUCAACGUCGGCGGCGACUUCCACCUCCCGCCGACUGCGCCCGGCGACGACGCCGCGGCGGGCGCCCAGCGGCUGCUCUUCGUGGCCGGCGGGGUCGGCGUGACCCCGCUCAUGUCCAUGCUGCGCGGGCUGGUCCACCGACAGCCGGCCGCGGUCGACGUGGUCUUCCUCUACAGCGUGCGGACCACCGACGACUUCAUCUUCGGCGACGAGCUGGUGGAGCUCGCAUCGACACUGCCCGGCCUGGCGCUGCACGUCACCGCGCUGCCGAGGCGGGGCGGAGUGUCGGUGCGCCGGGGCCGGUGGACGGCCGAGGCCAUCCGCGAGUGUGUGCCGGACCUGGCCGAACGCGCGGCCUACGUGUGCGGCCCCGACGCCUUCAUGACCCACAUCACCACCUUGCUCAAGGACGAGCUCCACUCCCCGGCGCCCGUCCACACCGAAAGCUUCACCUACUGA